AUGGCAAAAGGUCAUUAUCUAAAAUAUCAACUAUUGCAGGAUAAGUUUGAUUUGCAAGGAGAUCCUAUCGAUGUUGAUAAGGCAGUGGCAACACAAUGUGGACGAAGAAUAAGCAACUACACCUAUAAGUUGAAGAAAAAAUACAAUAAGCUUGUAAAGGCAAAGGGGGCUGAGUAUGCAAGAAGCAACCCACCAGGUGGUGUGAAGCUCGAACAGUGGACAAGCUUAAUAGAUAAGAAGUGGAAUGAUGAAAAGUGGCAGAAACAAUCAAAAGCAAACACCAAUAAUAGGUCCGAUAAGAAAAGCAAACACAGAUGUGGAUCAAAGUCAUUGCCAAUUAGGGUUGUCGAAAUGGAUGAGAUCGUAAGAAUAGAGGCUAAACAUAAUUCACAGGAUGGUGCAGUCCCGAUAAUGCAAGAGGAGCUUUCUGUCAAGGUAUUCAAGGCAAAAUCAAGCUAUUUGAAGGGACUUGGAAUGAGGCCUUCCUCUACUGUUCGGAGUACCAUUGUUGGAUCUGUGAACAAUAAUGAAUAUGUAACACACCUCAAGAAAAAGGUAGACGAGCAAGUUGAGUUAAUUAAAGAGCAAGGUGAAAAAAUUCAAGCGCAAGCAGAAGGAACUGAAGCAGCAAAUGCCACGAUAGCUGAGCUAGUGGAGGCAAAAGAGCAACAGGGGAGGGCUUUGGCUAGUGUUUUGGAGUACCUUAAAAACCAAGGGUACAUUGGAUAUUGGUAUCUCUCUCUCUCUCUCUCGCUCUCUCUCCAACAAGUGGUAUGUCUUUAGUUGGAACAACUUCUAAGUGAUAGAAGAGCAGCUCUAUAAAAAACAGAGUAUAUUUAGAUUAUAGAAGUCAAAUAAUUUAGUAGUUUGACUUGAUUACUCAGGCAAAAAUAUAGUAUCAAGGAAUGUGUUCGUGAAAGUUAUUUUUACCUAAGUUUGCACUUCCAUCCCCCAGGCCAAUUUUUUUUUUUCAGCCUACUCAUUUUAAUGUAUUUUUCUUUCAACUGUUUGGUUAAUGAAACUAUUUUAGAGAACCAUAGUUAACUUAGAAACCUUAAAGUAAUCCUUUUGGUUUUAUGUUUUUGUUCUGAAACACACAACACUGUUUUCAUUUUGAAGCCGAGUUUUCGAAAGUGUUCAGCAAAAUAUUGCUUAUCUAAUGCCACAGUUGAUCCCUUAAGUCAGAGAAGCGUUCCCAGUAAGUGGACAUAGGUUGUGAUGCAAUAG